AUGUCAGGGCGGCUUCACGCACGCGGUACGGAGCGCGUGCACAAGAAUGUGUGGCUUGAAUUCGCACGACUGGCAGCCGACUACAAAGCAGUGAAUCUGGGACAGGGGUUUCCUGACUUCUCCCCUCCCGAAUUUGUCCAAGAUGCUUUUUGUAAAGCCGUGAGUGGAGGACACCAAAUGCACCAGUACACCCGACCUUUUGGCCAUCCUCCUCUUGUACACAUUCUGGCUAAAUUCUUCGGGAGGAUAGUGGGACGUGAGAUCGAUCCUUUAGAAGACGUGCUGGUCACAGUCGGAGCUUAUCAGGCUCUCUUCUGUGCAUUUCAAGCUCUGAUUGAGGAAGGGGAUGAGGUCAUAAUUGUUGAACCGUUCUUUGACUGCUACCAGCCGAUGGUGAAGAAGGCCGGAGGAAAGCCAGUUUAUGUACCUCUGAGGCCGGUGAGUGGUGACGGGAGCGCCGUCCCGUCCAGUGGAGACUGGGUUCUUUCUCCUGAGGAGCUGGCCAGUAAAUUCACUCCACGCACAAAAGCCGUCGUCAUCAACACUCCCAACAACCCACUGGGCAAAGUUUACAAGACAGAGGAGCUCCAGGUGAUCGCCGAUCUGUGCAUCAAACACGACGUGCUGUGCAUCAGCGACGAGGUGUACGAGUGGCUGACGUAUGAUGGGAACAAGCAUGUGAAGAUAGCCGGCCUUCCUGGCAUGUGGGAGCGGACCGUCACCAUCGGCAGCGCAGGAAAGACCUUCAGUGCUACCGGCUGGAAGGUUGGCUGGGCGAUUGGCUCUGAGCAAAUCAUCCAACGUCUGAAAGCAAUGCACCAGAUGUCUGUUUUUGAUUGUGCAACCGCCGCUCAGGAGGCAGUAGCUCGUGGAUUUGAGAGAGAGUACGAGCUGUUCGGGACUCCAGAGAGCUACUUCCAGCAGCUGCCUGCCAUGUUGCACCAGAAGAGAGAGAAACUGGCCUCCUGCCUGGGGGGCGCGGGGCUGCAGCCCGUCAUGCCGGAGGGAGGCUACUUUAUGAUCGCAGACACCUCGUCUGUCACGGUGGACUUCAGUGACUUCAUGAGCACUGAUGAUGAACCCCAUGACUUCAGAUUUGUUAAAUGGCUAAUUAAAGAAAAGGGUUUAGCAACAAUUCCUGUCUCUGCAUUCUACAGCCCAGAGCACAGAAAGGACUUUGACAAAUAUAUCAGAUUCUGCUUCAUCAAGGAGGACUCCACUCUGGAUGCAGCUGAUGACAUCUUGAGAACAUUUAGUCAAAGACAAUAAAGCACACAGUCAUGUAUCAAAUGUCCAUCUGUGCCAUAACUAUUGUUUUUCA